CCCUCGCAUCUCAACAUUGACACUGACAUUGUGGGGCUGUCAAAUUUAACAAACAAAUGUAACAAAUCUAAGCAUGUUUUCAGCAGGUGUUGGAUUCAACCCCUUGUCUCUAACAUUCUUGAUUUAUAUUGACAGGAUUGCAAGGCAUUUCCAGGUUGAGAAGGGUGUGGAAGAGUAGAGCGCAAUCUUCAGCAUGCACUGGUGCAGUUUGCAACAGAGUGUGAAAUGUCUGGGAUGAGAGUCAGCACACCCAAGAGUCUGAGGCCAUGGUUCUUUGCCAGAAAAAGAGUGGAAUGGUCUCUCUGGGUCAGAGCUGCCCUGGGCUUAUCCGUGGCCUUCAUCUUAAAAUUCAGAGACAACAUGUUCCAUGUGCUGACUGGCCAGUUCACUACUGUUCUGGUCACAGGCCUCUCCCUCUUCCUCUUUGACUUCCACCCUUCGCUGGACUUCUUCCUCCAGGCACCCACGGUCCUGCUGGCCAUCUUUAUCUACAAUGCCAGCUGGCCCAAGGACCUGGAAUAUAGCCUGCAGCGGGAGAAACUACGGGUCAUCAACGGGGAAGUGUUUGAGAGGUCAAGAGGGGACAGUGAGGAGCUCGAUCUCCUGACAAAGGUAAAUGCAGACAGUGUUUCUGAUGAAGAGUCCUUGUAGUAAUGACAGAGCUCACUCCCAAGUAUCCAGAGGAUACUCUGCAUCUUUCCUGCUGCUGAUAUCGAACUGGACAAUUGACUGGAUGGAACAUGGUCACAGAUUGUCUGUGAAAGCAUUUAUUUGAACAGUGAUAAGCAGGUAAACGGUGAAAGAUACUGUUGAUAGAUUAUAUGAUAGACUCCUAGUA